UUUAUUAUAGUCGACUGCAUAAUGUCAUCAACAGCGCCUCAUUGGAAGCAACGGAUGAAUCUCACAUGCAGUGUAUUCAGUGCAUUUUAAGGGUGGUUGGGUAGAUUUAGUUUCUGGAGGGUUUGUUUGUUCUCGAUGUUGUUAACCUGGUGGCGCCGCUGCAACCUGCUCCAGUCAGUGACAGACAGCUGGGAUAUGGAGUGUGAGCGGUGGAGCUGGCCGGGACAUGUCUGAGUAGGAACCUGCAGCAUUUCCCAACACAUACAAGCGUGUAUAAAAACAAAACAAAACACCAAAAUCCGUGUGGAAGAUGGGGCAGUGCGGCAUCACGUCGUCCAAGACGGUCCUGGUGUUUCUGAACCUGAUAUUUUGGGCCGCUGCUGGUAUCCUGUGCUAUGUUGGAGCCUAUGUCUUCAUUACAUAUGACGACUACGACCACUUCUUUGAAGACGUGUACACUCUCAUCCCGGCUGUGACCAUUAUCGCAGUUGGAGCCCUCCUCUUCAUUAUUGGGCUCAUUGGAUGCUGCGCUACAGUGAGAGAGAGCUACUGUGGACUAACAACGUUUGUCGUCAUUCUCCUGCUGGUAUUCAUGACCGAAGUUGCCGUCGUGGUGCUCGGAUAUGUUUACAGAGCGAGGGUCGAAGACGAAGUAAAUAGCUCCAUCAAGAAAGUGUAUGACGAGUACAAUGGCACCAACAGCAACGCCCAGAGCCGUGCCAUUGACUACGUUCAGAGACAGCUUCAGUGUUGUGGGAUCCACAAUUACUCAGACUGGCAGUAUACACACUGGUAUGAAGAAUCCAAAAACAAUAGUGUACCAAUAAGCUGCUGCAAAAGUAAUGUCGGAAGCUGCACGGGGUCCUUCACUCAUCCUGAAGAUCUCUAUCAAGAAGGCUGUGAAGCUCUGAUUGUAAAGAAGUUGAAGGAGAUCAUGAUGUACGUCAUCUGGACUGCGCUGACAUUUGCUGCCAUCCAGAUGCUGGGGAUGCUUUGUGCGUGUGUCGUGCUGUGCCGCAGUGGCAGAGAUCAUCCCUACGAGCCUCUCAUUACCGGGGGCACCUACGCAUAAAGGAAAACACAUUUCUCAUCGCAGCACACACUGUCAGAAAUUACGUUUGUCUUUGGUGAGAGCAUGAAAAUAAUAUAUUACCACUCUAACCUUAAAAAACACUAACCACACUGAGUUAAUGUAUAUUUUACCUGUUUUUCCAAAAAAAAAAAAAGCUACUGACCAAAUUCUUUCAUGGUCACCGUAAAAGAGGUGUGGGAAGCAUUCUGUUGCUCUGAGGAUAACAUGAGGGUGCAGACCUCCAUCUUACUAAACUCAAGUCCUGUUAGUCAUGUAUGGAGUGAAAUAUGGACAGGGUAAUUUCCUCAUAUGUUAGUUUGCACUGCGCGUGUUGCUUUCAAUAUUUUAUAUUUAAAUCUGUCAUGUACUUGAACGGAAGAUUGUAUAAUUCUACCCUGAACCCCCAUUACUACUACAGCUACAACUACUACUAUUAUUAUACUCUUACUACACCUAUAACAGCUCAGUUUUGGUUCAAACCUUUCACCAGCAGUAUUUUGUCAAGAACUAGUUGACACCACAGGUCACAUGUAAUUUAACUGGCUUUUCUUGUAAGAAUCAGCCCUUGUGAUCCCUUUCGGUAUGUGGGAUUUUUCAGGUAGUUAUGUACACUUAACUCUAGAUAGACUUUGUCCUAUAGCAGCUUGUUUUGUUUUUUUUGUCUCCUGAUGGUGGUUUUAAAGUUUGAUUUGCUGAUAUGUAGCAAUGGCAAGACUCAAGAAUGUCAAUAAAAAAAGUGGGAAAAGUUUUAAA